AUGCGCGGCCGGGUCGCCGGGCUGCGCGAGUUGGGCGUGCACGUUGCACCUGGGAACUGCCGAGGUUUGGGUUUAGGAGGCCCUGGCAUCGACUGGGUACUGGGGGCUGAGAGCUUACCGUGGCAGGGCGUGUGGGCCGCGCUCACGGGGGGCUGGUACCACGACCCCGAGCAGAGCACGUUCACCAACAGCUGCCACCUGUACCUGUGGCUGUUCCUGCUGCUGCUGCCCUUGGCCCUGCACCUGGCUUUUCCUCCAAAUGCGAUCACUGUAUUUUUUUACUGCUGUUCAGUGACUGUUCUCUUCACGAUCAUCAAAUUGGUCAGUUAUCGUCUGCACGUCAUGUUCGAUGCGGGAGAAGUAGUCCAGCAGAGGCCCCCCGGAGAGAAAGAAAAGCCGCCCGCAGACAAAGAGGCCAGCAGUGAACGCAGGGCCAGUCCCCAAAGCCCCAGGAUUAGCAAUGCCAGGCGGGGCCCCCACGGUGGAAAGGAAGAGGCCAGCCGCCACUGCCCCACGCCUCGCCUGCACCGCAGCUCCGGGGCACAGAGCACAGACUCUCGCCACUCUUCUGGGCCGCUGGAGUCGCCAGCACAGGGAACAGUGGAAGAUCUCAAAGGUGUCAUUCUGUCGGAAGACCAGCUGGUGGCACCAGUGUCAUCUACCUCACCUGGUAUCAAAAGGGACAACUCACCUGCUUCCCAGGUGCGCGUGCUGGAAGCCACCCCCAAGUCAGCGGCUCCAGUGAAAUCGGUUGCCACAGAAAGUCUCAUCAACAGCAAAGGAAAGGACAGAGGUGGCAGGGGGCGGCCCCCUUUCCGCUACGGAUCCGAAGGUGGCUUAGCAGACACAGGAGCCGUGAGGGCGUCGCCACAUCUGUCUUUGUCUCAGUAUGACUUACUGGAAACAGACGUUUCUUUCCAGCCGUGGGGGAGCGAGAAUUCAGUCCUGAUUCCAGAACCUGUACAUAGUCCCCAGGGCUCCCUGAGGGAACUGUCACAAAGCAAGUCGCCUGGGGACAGCCUGAGCAGCAGCUGCCCGCAGUGCCACACCAUCAUGGCCAAACCCACAGAGGGGCCGGCGGACCCCUCCCGUCAGGUGGACAUGCCCUUGACCCGGGAGGGGGACUACUCAGAGAGCGAGGUCGCCGUUACUCUCAUUGACACUUCUCAACCCGGAGACCCACUGAGUCUGCAUGAGCCCAUCAAAAUUGUCAUCACCAUGAGCAGUACCGCGAACUCCAUGACAGACUUGGAAAGCUCCCUCCAGCUGAAGGUGAUCGGCGCAGAGAGGACUGGGUUCAAGUCUGACGCAGAGCCAGCUGCGCCAGGGGUGGCAGGUCCUCCAAACACCGAGCAGAUCAGAAUUCCCGUCAUCACCCUGGAACUGUCUGAGGAUGAGGGUGGCAGUGUCUCUUGUCCCGAAGAGAAUGGAAGUGAGAGGACCCCAGAGAGACUGAAGUUGGAGGUGUCCUCCAAUCACUGUUCUGGCUACGGAUCUGGGGAGGGGACAACUGCCACCAAGGACUUCAGUCCUUCCCCGAGGGACCCCUGGGAAGCAGCCCCCCCGCUCACACCUGAUGUGGCCUCCGGGGCUGAUGGGGGAAAGGAAGGCCAGGCCACCCUCGACCCGUCAUCUUGUAAGAGCCCCCAUGAGAAGAGACAUGCCCGGGUGCUGAGUGUGGACAGUGGGACAGACGUCUUCUUGAGUAAAGGAUCCGUAGACGUUAUGAACGAUAAAGAGCAAAUAAUACCAACUUCCAAAUCUGACCUAGAGGCUAAGGAAGGACAAACACCAAAUGAGUCCACCUUCCUGGAAUUUGUCUCCCUGCUAGAAUCAAUUAACACUUCCAAGGCGGUGGCGUCCACCCAGCCAAAUGGCUCCGCAGAGCAGGAGGAAGGAAGCCGGCUUCCCAGAGAUAAUCGCUCUCAGGAGAAAAAGGAAGAAAUCCUGGAAAGUGAAAAGCCCGGUGGACGUAAUUCCAAGCAAGGAAAACCAGAGUUGCAGAGUCAAGACCAUGCAUUCAGCCAACCUGCCAAGACCACGGCCUUUUUCCAGGGCAAUAGACAAAGACAGAUAAUCUACCGGGUGACUUCCCAGCAAGAUAGUUCCGUCCUGCAAGUCAUCAGUGGGCCUGAAACGUCUGUGCAAGAGGAGAUAUCUGUAGAUGCUAUGCAUGUCUUUAUUGAUGAACACGGGGAAAUUAGAUCCUGUUAUGUAAAGUCUGGAAAUCAGAAAGAAGACCCUCUGCAGCACCCGCCAUCCAGUCAUGACUGCGUCUCUCAUGCUCGGGAGGUACAGGUCAGCUCUUCCAGCACCACAACUUCUGAGAGUCAAGAUCCGUCUUCUGGGGACCCAGUGGUCAGUGCUCUGCAGCAACAGCUGCUUCUCAUGGUGGCUCGGAGGGCCCAGGCAGAAACCCCUCGGCAUGUGAGUCAGGAUCUGGAAGACUCAUCACGUUCUUCAACACAAGGGAAGUUUAAUCGAGACGAGUUUUACAAAUUUAUCAUUUUCCCCGGCAAGUGGAUUAAAGUCUGGUACGAUCGACUUACCUUGCUGGAGUUACUUGAUCGAACUGAAGACGUCAAGGAGAACGUGCUGGCGAUUCUGCUCAUUGUCCUGGUUUCCCUGCUCGGGUUCCUGACCCUGAGCCGAGGCUUUUGCAAGGACAUGUGGGUGCUCCUGUUCUGCCUGGUCAUGGCCAGCUGCCAGUACUCCCUGCUAAAGAGCGUCCAGCCUGACCCCGCCUCGCCAAUACACGGACACAACCAAAUCAUUACAUAUAGCAGACCAAUCUAUUUUUGUGUGCUGUGUGGCCUUAUUUUGCUUCUUGAUACAGGGGCCAAAGCCAGGCGCCCUCCCAGCUACGCUGUCUAUGGCCUGAAGCUCUUCUCUCCAGUGUUCCUGCAAUCAGCUAGGGACCACUUAAUAGGGUUUUUGUACUGCUUUCCUGCCAUUUCCCUGCUCGGGCUCUUUCCGCAGAUCAACACUUUCUGCAUUUAUCUUUUGGAACAGAUUGACAUGCUGUUUUUUGGAGGUUCUGCCGUGACCGGGAUGACCUCGGCAGUUUACAGUGUGGCCCGGAGCGUCUUGGUGGCCGCCAUGCUCCACGCCCUCUGUUUCAGCGCCGUGAAGGAACCGUGGAGUAUGCAGCACAUUCCGGCACUAUUCUCAGCCUUCUGUGGCCUCUUGGUCGCGCUGUCCUACCACCUGAGCCGGCAGACCAGUGACCCCUCUGUGUUGCUGUCCUUGAUUCAAUGUAAAUGGUUUCCUAAAUUUUUACAUGAGGAUCUGGAAGAGUCGGCUGCAGACCCUCUCUCCGAGAAGAUGAAAGAUUCGGUGAAGGACGUCUUAAAAUCAGAUCUCCUCGUCUGCUCGGUGGUUGCUGUCCUGUCUUUUGCAGUCAGUGCCAGCACGGUCUUCCUGUCACUUCGACCCGUGCUCAGCGCCGUGCUGUUUGCCCUGGCGGGCACCGUGGGCACGGUGGCUCACUACCUGCUCCCUCAGCUGCGCAAGCACCACCCCUGGCUGUGGAUGUCACACCCCGUCCUCAGAAACAGAGAGCAUGGGCAGCGCGAACUGAGAG